CCCGGGUGUAUUGAAGCCACAAUGUUCUCCUCCAUCACCUCCUCCUCCGCCAUCUCCAAUCUCGGCACGAGGCUCAACUCCCUCCGCCGCACCAUCACCCUCGGCAACGAAGCUGACGACCCCGACAGCGAAGACUGCUCACACGUAUCCAACGUCCUCCGCGCAUACUACACCGAUAAAGGCCGCCCCUUCCCCCCCUGGCUGCCCCCGGACCCGAAAGCCCCGCUCCCAUCCCCCGCCCGCAUCGUGGCAACAACCCAGAUCCAGCCCGGCGCCGCCGCACCCCCGGGCUCCGCCUACGGCCGCAACAGCGGCGGCGGCCUCGGCGACCUCUGGGGCGACUCGGGCCCGUCCUCCUCCCCGCCAACCGCCCAAACAGCCUCCCUCCGCCGCGGCCGCAGCACCCCCAACCCCGCCGGUGCCCCGCCCUCCGGCAUGACCAGCCCCAUAGCCAGCCCGCCUUCCCACUCCCCUGCCCCGCCAACCCUGCACCCGGCGGGCGCCCGCCCGCUGCCCAGCCAGCGCGCCGCGUCUUCUCAAUCUGCUGGUGCGGCCCCGCCGCUGGAGCGCGCUGCGUCGGCGCAGGAUCGCCUCCGUGCUCGCUUACAUGGGGGCGGAAGGUCGCCUAGUCCGGGGACGAGUCCUGGUGUUAGCCCUGGUAUGAGCCCUGCUCUGAGCCCGACUAGUAGUCGCACUGGGUCGCCUUAUUAUGGGGGUGAGCCUGCUGGGAGGAAGCCCGUUGGGGGACGCAUGCGAUAGGACCUCCCGAUGAGAUUGUGUGGGGGGAAAGGAGGGGGAUACUGCUGGUUAGUAUUCGUGUGGGGGGUGACAGACGGACGGACGGACGGACUGUGCGGACUGCAGAGGUUGUGGUAUUAAUAUUAAUCUUAUCGUCAAUGGACAUAUUUAC